GAGACCAGAGCAGCUUCCCACGAGCUCCAGUCUCAGCAGAGCACCCUAAAGGGCUAAGCAGUACUACCAUGGAGCCCCUAUCCUUCCAGGAAUACAUCUGCUCCCUGAAACCCACUGUACUGCCUCGCAUCCUCAGGAUUUGCUCCGGGGUCUACUUCCAAGGGUCCGUGUAUGAGAUCUCAGGCAAUGAAUGCUGCUUAUCAACUGGAGACUUCCUAAAAAUCAUUGCCAUCAAGCUGCAGAAUGUCAUUUAUGAGGAUGUGGAGUCGGGGCAAAAAACAGAACUGCCACUGACCUUUAAAGGUCUCUUCCAGCCCAGCCCAGACCCACGGCCGUAUGCAAGCCUGGAGGAGCUGAUCCAGAGCAACCGGAAGGCCCAGGAGGCUCAGCCGUUGUGCUUCAUUUCGACUACUGACCUUGCUGUGGAUGGGCAAGUUGUUCCCAAGGCGCAGCCCAUCUUCCUGGAGGCACUGCAGGGGAGGAAGGCAGUCGUCCGCAUGGCAGGCAACCAUGGGGAGUUGCACUCACUCCGGCUGCCCCUUUCCCUGAGGGGUCGGUUCUUCAAGUGCGGCGGGCAGCGGGGCAUCACGCUGCAAGAGGUGCUGGGGCUGCAGGGCAGCUGGCCGCAAUGCCUGCUCUGUCCUGCGCUCAGCUCAUCCCCCAUCCUCUUGAUCCCUGUCUACGAAGUGCAAGCCAUCAUGCACCUGCGGAAAGACGUGGUGAAAAUCCCCUCCACACUGGAAGUGGAUGUGGAAGACGUCACAGAGGAGGCACAGGAUGUCCAUUUCAUCAAGCCGCUGCUGCUUAGCGAGGUGCUGCAGAUGGAGGAUGCUCUCCCUGUCCGAGCCGAGAUCCUAGAGGGGCCCAGCUCCCUAGCCAUCUUCGAGAACAACUGGAUUCCCCACCUACAGAAAGGCCAGCAGAUCCAGAUCCAUGGCAAGGGCAGUGCCUGGAAAGUCCUUGCCUCGGCUCGCAAGGGCACUCGCCAUUUCCUCCUCUCCAGCACAUACCAGGGCAGGUUUCGGAGGCGUCCCAGGGAGUUCACCACAGUGUACGAGCUGGCCACCAGCCUGCAGGCUGGCCAGUGCCUGCGUGUGGUGGUCACACAGGACUGCGAGGGCCAAGAGGAGGACGUGCCCUCGCUCAGUGUGGGUGACCGGCUGGAAGUACAGCGCCUGCUCCAGGCCAGCACCAGCACCGUGCUGCUGUGCAACCGGAGCAGCAGCGAGGAAGAGGAGACAGAAGAACUGAUACUGCCUUUAAACCUGGGAGGCAGCUUUGUGGAAGAGAUAUGCGACAGCAAGAAGUACAGUCUCACAGAGAUCCUGGAGCAGCUCCCCCUGCCCUGCGACGUCAAAGUAGUGGCCAAGGACCCUUCGCUCACUCGUGAUGUCCUCAGCUCCUUCUCUGCCUUGCGGCUGGAAGCACAUAUCACCGAGCCUUUCUUGGUCAGUAGCUUCUGUGAGGACCCAGACAAGAGCUUCGAGAUCCCACCACGGUGGAUGGACAUGUCACUGUUCUUCAUAAAGGAGCCUGUCCACCCACAGGCCCCCUCCACAGACUGGUCACGGGUCGAGGAGCUGAAGAGGCCUUUCUACUACCACUUGCUGAAGCAGCUACCAGGCAGUUCAGCUACCCCUCCACCACGGCCCCCCAAGAGGAAAGAGGUUGUGGCCAAGGCAGGCCUCAGGACAGCCAAAGGAACUGGCCCUGAGAAAGCAAAGCCACCUUCCGGGCCCAAGUCUCCCUUGCCCCAGAAAGCAAGAAGCCCCUUCAUCAUGCAGAGCAUCCCGAACGAGUACAGCAUGCACCUCCACUUGCAGAAAGCAUCCCUGUCAAGCAAGGCCCCAAAGGACAAACGUGAGGCCAUCACGGUGAUGUGCUCCCAGCACAGCUCCUCACCAUUUAAACCUCAGCAGAAGUCCUCCCAGCCCACUGCAGGUGUGGAGAACAGCGAUUCUGACCACGACUAUGAAAUAGUUGAUGAAGCUCUUCAAAAGACAAUUUGUAAAAUGCAGACUAUCUUUCCUUUCUAAAGCUCCUUUUUCUGGGAGUCUCCAAAUAUUCUUAGUUCCCAAAUUAAACUUUUUAUUUGCAGAGGCUAAAUACAGCCAAAGGGAUCCACAGAGCAGCCUCCAGCUGCCUCUAUUGUAACAGAUACAUCAAUCCCACUUUCUCUCUCACGUGAGCAGUCUGUAUGCCCACGGGACAGCUAUGCAGGCAGAAUACAUACCCUUGCUGUACCCUAGCUGGCUGUUGUGCUACAGACUGCCCACAGCUGUCCCAGGUGGAAUCCUCCAUCUGCACCAGACCAACAUACAGAGGGGGGAAAUCCAUCCUAGGGAGUAAGCAGUCAUCAAGAUGCCAUUGAGUCACCAGCCAAGGCCCUUGGAUAUGUAUCUUGCUCUGCUCCACUACAUUAACAUCAUUGAGACACUUUAUGCAUGUAGCUUGAAUAAGAUCCUAAAUGGCAGAUAUGCCACGUUUAUGCCCAUUUCAGACUGAAAACUUCUAGGACUAAUACCUUUAUUGUAUUUGUAUGCCAUUCAUGCUCCCUUUGCUAGGGGCUACCAGAGGCUCUUGAAACACCCACCAAUGGCUUUCUCCACAUGCCCUUGCGCCCAUCAGCUAAGGCACAGCAAUCCACCUGACUGCUGCCUUGCAUUACCAGGAGCACGCUUUAGACACCAGUAACGCCAACACAGGACAAUUUCCAAACCUAGCAGCUUAAAGCUAGAGCACAUGCAUUUGGGAAGAUGCUGAGCAACUGCAGUGGGAUUCCUGGGAACUCAGCAUCCUUUUAAGUGCCUAACCAUGGAGCUCAGGAGACCAGGUUUAUAGCUUGGGAUUCUGAACACUUCCACACAGACAUGGUUUGGCACAUGGCAUCGGGAGGGGUAUUACAAAGUACUUUGCACAACGCAAACAAUACCCCAUCUAGGGCUCAAACUGGUGAUUCACACAUUUUUACAAUUGUACAUUCAUUCCACUUUAAAAAAAAAAAAAAAAACCACUUUCACAGACAGAAGCUGCAUUUUCUCAGUGCUAGCCAAACUCACUUCUCACUCUGGCCUAAUUUCUCAACAAGGCUGCAAAAAGGUUGCAGUUUUAAGUUUUAAGCUGGAAAAUAAAUUUGAAAUUUCAUUUGAGAUAAAAUUGUU